AUGCCGUACUCGCCUGCCAUGAUUGCUCAUCGCCGGAUACCCAUGCGAGGGGUCCAAUGGCAAAUGAGGCGUUCGUUGCACGCUGGACGUAGCACCCGCCUCACUUCGGUACACCCUUGGGCAUCUAUCAAACGCAAGGUGCCAUUAUGGACCAGCCACUCUCAAGUCCUGGUGGCUGGGAGAAGCUGUCGUUGCAUCCACAUCCCGCCAGUGCUCCUCCCGCCGGUGGUCUUUACCGGCCUGCUGGUGGGGUUGUGGAUUUGGAAAUGCGUGAUGAUGGUGGUCUUCCAGAACAAGAUCAUCUACAUGCCAGGGCUGCCGCCAAGCUCCCGCCGUGAGCGGAUCGCGGACUGGGCCAGCAUGUGUGGUGGCAUCGAGUGGACCGAAGAGAGGACGGCGGCUGCCGAUGGGACAGAGCUUGCUCUCGCUGUGGCGACCGUUCCUUUACCAAGAGGAAGACGUCCGGUCGCGGCAGUGUCGGAACCUGCCGCCGCUCAUGUCUAUGUCCUCUACUUUCAGGAGGGUACUGGACCUCACGUGGCCGCCCCUCAGAGCCCGGUCUUCGGCUCGACGCCGAGGCGGGCUGUGCGGUGGAUCGCCGAGCACCACGAACGAGUCUUCGGGAGCGUCGGGACCACUCGCCCCAUUUUGCUGGUUUGGGGUCAGAGCAUCGGAGCAGGGGUCGCAACGAACCUCGCUGCGACUGGCCGGGUUCCUUCCAACAUGCCGAUCCGAGGCCUCCUCCUCGAAACCCCCUUUGUGUCAAUCAGGGCCAUGCUGGAAACCCUGUAUCCCCAGAAGUGGUUACCGUACAAGUACCUGUGGCCGUUUCUCCGAAACCAUUUGGAUAGUUGGGGGAACCUGGGCCUGAUCGCCCAGGUCUCAAAGGUAAACGGGAGCGGGGCUCCUAUGGUGUUUAUUCUCGAAGCGGAUAGGGACGAGCUCGUCCCAAAGGAACAGAGCGACCAUCUUUAUCAGAGGUGCGUGGAUCUCGGUUUGCCCGUUGAGAAGGGUAGUGUGCCAGUGGCAUACCACCAACAGGCAAUAGCUCGAGGGGAUGGGAAAAAGCUGGCUGCCCAGGCCGUCCUGAAAUUGGCACAAAAUGCGCGAGACAACGGUUGA